AUGCGCCUCCUUGCCACCCUCUUUGUCGGCCUCGCCACCGCCCUCCCUGCGGAGCACCUCGUGGCCCCGGCCCCGGCCCCCGGCGACGUCAAGAUCAUCGACAUCACCGCCAUCGGCUCGGGCUGCCCCGCCGGACACGCGUUUGUCAAUCUCGAUGCGACCGGGACCGUCUUCGACGUCGCCUUCGACCAGUACAUCGUCAGCGUCGGCCCGGGCACCAGCCCCUCGGACAGCCGGAAGAACUGCCGGAUCAGCAUCAACCUCCAGUUCCCCUCGGGCUACCAGUUCUCGAUCAUCGAAACCCGCUUCCAAGGCUAUGCCAGUCUAGCAUCGGGCCAGACCGGCACCUGCAGAGCCAGUUACACCUUCUCGGGCGACAACAGCCAGGCAAGCCAAUCCACCCCCCCCCCCCCCCAAAAAAAAAACCUCCCCGAGGUGAUAUUCGAGAAGAACGUCGUCAGCCCCUUCGACGACAACUACAACCUGCUCGCGGGCGUGGGCGUCGAGUCCUUCUCUCCCUGCGGCAAGUCCACCGCCAUCCUCAACGUCAACUCCGAGGUCCGAAUCACGCCCAUCAGCAGCCCCCAGGGGGGUAUCAUGACGGUUGAUUCAUUUGAUGGAAGCGUGCAUAUCGUUUUCAGCACCUCGUGGCGUAGGUGUUAG